AAUGUAUCUUUGAUGUUGUCUGGCGAGCCGUCUUCGUAUCGCUUUGCUAGUUUUUCGCGAAAAUUUUCGCUCAGUAUCGAGGGAAAUCACGACACGCCAACAUUUGGUGGAAAUGCCAGUCCGUGAACACUUCAAAUCGAGAGUAUACAAGGAUUAAUCAAACAAAAGAAAAUAAACUAAAAUAUACACAUACGUUAAAAAAAAUUAAUAAAAACAAAAGCCUUAUAAAUAUAUAGGCUAGCAAAAUGUCGACAACGACGCGAAGUUCGCUGGCGAGAAAAUCGUCGCUAUCCAAAAGUGGUAGCACGGAUAAAACAACAACCAAAUCAUCAACAUCCGCAACAACAAAAUCAUCGAAAACAAAGCCUUCCAGCACAACAACAACAACAACAGCAGCAACAGAUGCAACGGGGAGCGGCAGCAAACAAAAAAUGCAAUAUACAAAGACCAGGGAGCGCAUGGUCGAUGAUGUGCCGCUACCGCCCACACACAAACUGACCAUGUCCGAGGUAUACGAUGAUCCCAAGACGGGCAAACCUAAUUUCGAGACACUGCGUCAGCAUUUUCUGCUCGAGGGUCGCGUCGAGGAAUGCGUCGCCCAGCGCAUCAUCAGCGAGGGCGCCGAUCUGUUGCGCGAGGAGAAGAACAUGAUCGAUGUGGAGGCACCCAUCACAGUCUGUGGCGACAUCCAUGGACAAUUCUUUGAUUUGGUCAAACUAUUUGAGGUCGGUGGACCGCCGGCAACCACACGUUAUCUCUUUCUGGGUGAUUACGUCGACAGAGGCUACUUCAGCAUAGAGUGCGUGCUCUAUCUGUGGUCCCUGAAGAUCACCUAUCCUGAAACGCUUUCUCUGCUGCGUGGCAACCAUGAAUGUCGUCAUCUAACGGAAUACUUCACCUUCAAACAGGAAUGCAUUAUUAAAUAUUCGGAAAGUAUUUACGAUGCGUGCAUGGAAGCGUUCGACUGCCUGCCCCUCGCCGCCCUGCUCAACCAGCAGUUUCUGUGCAUACACGGCGGACUAUCGCCAGAGAUUUUCACACUCGACGACAUCAAGACGCUGAAUCGCUUCAGGGAGCCGCCUGCUUAUGGGCCCAUGUGUGAUCUGUUGUGGUCCGAUCCGCUGGAGGAUUUUGGCAGUGAGAAAAACAACGAGUUCUUCUCCCACAACUCGGUUCGUGGCUGUUCCUACUUCUUCAGCUAUUCGGCAUGCUGUGAGUUUCUGCAGAAGAACAAUCUCCUGUCCAUAGUGCGUGCCCAUGAAGCACAGGAUGCGGGCUAUCGCAUGUAUCGUAAGAAUCAAGUAACGGGCUUUCCUUCGCUUAUUACCAUCUUCUCGGCGCCUAAUUAUUUAGAUGUCUACAACAACAAGGCAGCUGUGCUCAAGUACGAGAACAACGUGAUGAACAUAAGACAAUUCAAUUGCUCUCCGCAUCCGUACUGGCUGCCAAACUUCAUGGAUGUCUUCACCUGGUCCCUGCCCUUUGUCGGCGAGAAGGUCACUGAGAUGUUGGUCAAUGUGCUCAACAUUUGCUCCGAUGACGAGCUGGUCGCCGGGCCCGAUGAUGAGCUGGAGGAAGCUUCCAUGUCGGCGCUGCGCAAGGAGAUAAUUCGCAACAAAAUACGCGCCAUUGGCAAAAUGUCUCGUGUAUUUUCCGUUCUGAGGGAAGAGUCGGAGAGCGUGCUGAAACUCAAGGGCCUGACGCCAACGGGUGCAUUGCCAAUGGGCGCACUUUCUGGUGGUCGAGAUUCACUUAAAGAGGCUCUGCAAGGACUGACCGCAGCCUCACACAUUCACUCGUUUGCCGAGGCGAAGGGCUUGGAUGCUGUCAAUGAGCGGAUGCCGCCACGUCGACCGCUCUCGAUGAGCGCCAGCAGCAGCAGCAUUACAACUAUCAGCAGCAGCACCACCACCAAGAAGAGCAGCAACAACAACAACAAUAACAACACAACAACCAAGAACAACAACAGCAAUGGCGAUAGCAGUGAUGCCACAGUGACGAAAACGAGCCGAGCCACAGUUAGAUCGGCAACCACGAGCAACGUGCGCAGUGGUUACACAUCCAAGAGGUUCUCAUAAUCAGCAAUUGCAAACAUUUUUAGUUAAUUUACACUUUGGUAGUCAUUUUAAAAUAUAAUAUAUACAUAUUUUUUUAAAUUAUUUUUUUUGCCCAUUUAUCAUUUUGUUAGCUUAAAUUUUAUACGCAAUUCGGUUCGUAAUGCCUUAGUGAAAAUUGUUAACCCCUAAAAACACUUUGUGGAAUUUCUAUAUUUACUGUAGAAGCACUUUCCACGCUCAAAUUUAUACGUGACAUGAAUAUUUUUUUAAUAAAAACCUGACAGUAAAUAGCUCAACAGAAAAA